GUGUCCACCCGCUGUAAAAACAAGCACCCAGCUGCUCUGUUCACUGCUCACUGUUCAAUCAGUCCCACGGCCACGUCUCCCGCCAACUAACCUAACCUAGUUAUGUACCUUUCUUGCCCUUGGAACGCCCGCUCCGUCCCGCCAUUAGACUUGGAAGAAACUUGAAGCUCAAACCCCCUCACCACCCCCAAGCAAUAGUUUAUAUAUCUUGAAGAAGGAGGAAAAGAAAAAAAAGCAAUCAAAAUCCCCAUCGCCCUCUCGUCGCAACUGGCAACCGGGUGAGAAGCGGUCCGAUAAAAGAGACCUUCCAAAACCACCUUCAACAACAACCAUGUCCUCCACCACAACGGACUCGGAAGAGUUCCCAUGUAGCCUAACAAUCGACAUCCCCUUCCCAACCAACCGUCUAGCUUCUAUCGCCUUGAGAUCAUUGCAAGUCGAUAAAGAGCUGUCACCACUAGUACGUCGCCAGUUUGCUCUCACGCAUCCUACCAUUCAUACCAGCGACAACCUCCAGAACAGCCUUCUCAAAGUAAACUACUCCGCCACAACAAACCGCAUGCUUCGCGUCGCUGUAAACGGUUUCAUGGAGAGCUUAACCCUUGUUAUCGAGGUCAUGGAAACCUUAGAUACCGAUGUUCUGUCAAUCGAAAAUUAGACGUCAAUCAAGUACAUUCCACAGUACAAGAAGGGGGGGGGGGGGCUACAUAUUACAGAUACCCAGAUCUGCGAGCAGGAUGCGCUCCACACAUGACGUCGCGUUGUUCUGGGCCUGUCGUUACCAGCAUUUGGAAUGCGCCCAAAAUAGUGAGUACCAUCUUGAGACUUGUUACGACUUAUGGUGAAGGACGUUGC